GAGAGUCAUGGGCUCGGUAUCAUAGGCCUUUUCGAUUAAAAGAAAUGAAUAAAUGGGUUUCAACCCGUGAACCGGGUCUUCCAAGUGAGCCCGUAUGAUACGGGGUCAUGCCACGCGGCGCAGAGGGAGUGGCUACGCGAUCUCGCGUGUUGAGUGAAAAAAAAAGGGUUUCGCGUGAAAGAUCCCAUUUUCCCUUCUCUCUUCGAAAUCUAGGGUUUCUCCGUCUCUGAGGCGAUUUCGUGUCGGAGUCCAGAGCCGGAGAUUUUCUCGAUCAAUUCGUCGUCGGAGUCACUCGUAAACGCUCUCAGAUGGAUCCCGAAGCAGAGAUAAGAGACACAAAGAGAAGAAAGGAGCACAUCGAUAUGCUUUCAUACGUGUGUGAUUCAGAACACGGGAUUCCGACGAGGUGUCCCUGUGGUGGGAGUAUAAUUCACGAGGUUCGUGGGAAGGAGGAAUACGACACUCUCCCCGGCAAGCGUUUCUUCACCUGCAUAAACUACGAGGCUGAUGGUUUUCAUUAUCGUCAGCCUUGGGUCAUUGGUGUGCAGGAGCAUAUCGAACGGCUCACAAGUCGUGUGGAGGAGGUGGAGGCGGUGAUCAAGUGGCUGCCGGAGGUGAAUAAUAAGAUUAAGAGUCUGGAGGCAGAGGUAAAAGCCCUCACUGUGGAGGUUGAUAGGCUCACUGGGAAGGUUUAUAACCUGACCGUGCAGGUGGAUCACUUGGAGAAAUGCUGCUUCGACUGAAAACACAAAGGUAACCACACUAUCCCUAGAGUUGUU